AUGGGUUACGAUUGUCGAAAUGCCCUUUACUGGGCUACUGCGGAGAGCUUUGGCUCAAGUGCUAUAGUUCGACUGCUUUUGCAGAAAGGCGCACGGCCCGAUGGCCAUGUGGAUGAUAAUCAGCGAGCGAUGGAUAUCUAUCUCCCUUUAUUAUUUGCGGCCUGGGCGGGGUACGAUGAGGUGGUUCGGGCCCUGCUGGAAUUCAAUACGAAUAUUGAUUGUACGAUUAUCUCUGGUCUGAUUAUGAAUCGUUAUACCCCAACCUGUGCUACAGGAAAAGGUCAUUUAUCCACUGUCCGCCUUCUUCUAGAGCAAGGGGCGUGUUACCAGUCCCCAGGAUGUCCUCUCCUCUGCGCAACAAGGAACGGUCAUGCUCAAAUGGUCCAGCUCUUAUUAGAUGAGAUGAUGCACCAUAACUCCCGAAUUAUAGGCGGGGGACAAAAAUGCGAAGAGAAGGUAGCGAUAAGGUUAUACACUCGGAAGGGACGUAAGCACAGCCCGGGUAACCAGGCUAUAUUGACCUUACCAGAGGCUGUGAAAUUGGGGAAUGUAGAAGUUGUCAAGUUACUUCUUGCUGUCCCGGGGGUCGAUAUCAACCAUGAAAUUCUACAGGGAUCAGAUACACCCUUGAUGAUUGCAGUACGAUCUAAACCACCAGUCAUUGAGAUGAUCAAGGUUCUUCUGGCUGUCGAAGGGGUUAAAAUCUGGAUUAAUGAGCCCCAAGACCGGUAG